UCGAACUACUCUGAUAAUUUUCGCUUUCGACAAACAAUACAACGCGCACUGGUUCUUUCAUGUGCGUCCUCAAAAAGAUAAAGAUGCCUUUCACGAAAUAAAACAUCACGUUUACAGUUACACACGUCUUUCAGAAAACUGACUUAAGAUAGGCCUGAUUUUGAUGCACAAAAAUUGACGACAUUUUGAAGAAAUAUAAAAUCGCAUGAGUAAGUGCAUUUUCCUGUAGAAUAAAGAGAAAACGAAAAAGACGCAGAACGAAAGUAAGAGAUUAGUAAGAUCCGCUUGACUUUGCCGUGCCUGACCUCUAAUUUUCACAUCGAGAAUAAAGAUGAAUGUACACUGCAAUAAGUGGUUGACGUAUAACUUUUUUGGCUUUGAGAAGAAUGUAAAGGGCCCCGGAGAAGAUGAAGAAAGUCGAUUCGACAAUAAAACUUCGGAAGAAAUGAUCGAGGUUGGAUUCACACAGGAGCUCACUGCUUUUAUUUGAUCAGAACACGUAGAUUGACCGACCUUCUUGGAAAAGAAGACAAAUGCUCUGCUCGUUGAGGAACUCAUGGGCUCUAACCGUGGUCUCACGCUACUCUAGUGUUAGUGCGCGUGUGUAAAAAUCUUUAGCACACAACACAAAAAUUGUGCAGUUUUCUUUGUGAUGGUGAAGAUGCAUCAUUAGUGAGCAGUUAGAUUUCGUCAGGACGCGCCAGAGGAUAUAACCUAAGCUCCUUAACUCGAAUUCACAAUUUGAAUUUGAAUUUGAAAGUGUUGUUUGGUACAGGAGUGAGGCUGAGGCAGGCACUCCCACCACCAGUCGCCCGAGUUCAUCCAGUGUCGGCCUCGGCACGAGGGAGCAUUUUGAGUCAUAAGCGCACCUCUUCAUUGCUAGAUCUUCUGAAGUUAAGUACAAAGUAGAAAACCAAAACGUCGCCAGCACCAGAAACAAUAAAUGCUCUUUUACGAAGUAGGCGUAGUAGAGGACUUCACUGUCGCUCACCCUGCUGCUCUCAAGAAUCGCAAUGACGUAGAAACGGGCCGCGAGGAAGGCACCAUCGCAACGUAUGCAGUGACAGCUCCUGCCGCGACUGAACGUCAACCCACCGGACGUGCAAGCGGAGUAAGAUCUUGGAUAGAUUUUACAUCAGGAAGUAGAUCCGCGGCAGGACGACCACUGGGCGCAUCAGGUUCUUUACCAUUGGCUGAGCAGCUGGGCGCUCAUCCCGUGCCGGAGUAUAAGAAAAAAAUUUGCAAGCACUUUGCGAAGGCCGGGUUUUGCCGGUAUGAGGAAGCAUGCAAGUUUUUGCAUGUUUUUCCCAAGAGCGAGACCGGUGCAGACUGCGAGUCUGGCGUCAAGAAAACAGGAGGCACAGACAAUGAUGAUCCACCUACUCUCGAAAGGACGAUCGAAGCGGAACAAGCACAGCCACAGGCGACUGGCGCGGAAGAGCCUCAACAACGCAGGCGCCGCCCCUGUGGGCGAUUGGUGACGAGAAACGCGGGCAAGCAUUUUUUACUGCGUCAGUUCAUACACGAGAAGUUGCUGGCAUCUAGGUUGCCUAACGGAGUGGAUGACCUUGACAACCAAGAAAAAAGCACAAAUACCCCAAAGAAUCCGCAAGAGCCCGAGGACGCCCACGGCACAUCAACACGACGAAGCGCUAGCUCAGGUCUUCAAGUUCUCGACGUCGCUGGCGGCAAGGGGGAGCUCGCGUUUGAGCUUUUGUUGUGCAGUAAAAACGUGGAAAAAGUCUGCAUCGUCGACCCACGGCCGCUGGAUCUGAGAAAGUGCGAGCGAAGGUUUGCGCUCGAUUUCUAUUCGCGAUCGGCCAGAGUUUGGGAUCAUGUCGAUGAGACGAAGGUAGGGAUGUACUUUGCAUUAGAACAAGACCACGCCGAGUCAUCAUCUGGAUCUGCACUAAACAAGAGGACUGUCACGACAUCACAGACUGCAACUAAAUACGAAGAAGCUCAUGAGAGAACGCCAGGAGCCGUGCGGCAGGAAAGAAACGCGCUCGUUUUCAAGCAAUUGCAAGGUCGUUUGGAGCAAAGCCGGGUGCCUCUGCUCUUGCGAAAGGAGCUUUUUCCACCUGGGCAUAGAACAACUGGCACAUCAGCGACCGGAGAUCAUUCUCGCCAUCAAACAGGUUGUGAGCUACAGCCUCGGGACUUGCAGGCUUUCGAGGAGAAUUUGAGGCUUUCUGUCGCAUGGGAUUGGAAGCGGCACGAUCGAGAGCACGAGGCUAGCGAGAAAGAAUCAGCAGGACACAAACCGCCGGAAGCUAUUGUUGAGAACGAAACAAAAAACGACAGGCACGGUGUACUGGUAUUGCAGCACGGCGGCCCCCGUACAAAACCCGGCUUUUCGCUGCAGCCAUACUGUAUCCCAGUCAGUGAGGUCGAGGUUGACGGUGACGACGCUCAGUUUUACUUCCCUACAAGAACCACGACCGCAACUGUUGCUAGAACAGCUGCCGAGGAGCAUCAACCUCGGGAGGCAACGGUACUAGGCUCGUCAGUACUAUCCGAAGCGCUCGACCACUAUCAAGAAAUCAUAGCCAAAACGGAUUUCAUUGUCGCCAUGCAUCCGGACCAGGCGGCCGAGGCGGUGGUCGAUUUAGCGUUGCAUUUAGACGUGCCUUUCUUUCUAGUACCGUGCUGUGUGUACGCAAAAGAAUUCCCGAAGAGGCACAUUCGAGUACCGCGGCGUCGACCAGAUACCAUAAGGUCAGGCUCAGAUAAAGCAGCCUCGGCGGGCGCUGAGCCAGUGCCCUCGACGUCCAGUGUAGAGGGUGACAAAGAGAAACAUGUUUUGAAGCAAGUGAAGUCCUAUGAGGAUCUUUUGCAAUAUUUGCAAAACAAGGACCCGGGGAUACAGCGAAGCGAAUUGAUUGGGAUAGAAGGCAAAAACGUAGUGCUGUGGAAGGUGUAGGCUGUUCAUAUUUCACCUGAUGAUAAGUGCUUGUUGGCGGAGUGUCGCCAGCGCCACGACCUCGACAUCAACCAGCAAGAACAAUUAUUCCUUAAAGAUAUCAAGCGACUACGACACGAUCACGAUGACGUCUCGAAAAAAAAAUAGCAAC